AAAACAAAGAAUAUAACUUAAUUAUUUAAGAGAGUACUUGGAAGUUUCUUAGCUUGAUUUCCUAUAACACUAGCGACUAAGUUGACAUAGUUAUAAUCACUUUCUACCCAAUUCCAACAUUGUCAUCAUCACCAAACUCCAUAUUCUCAAAAAGAAAAAGAAAAUUGCUGUUCAUGGUUAACCUUGGGUUAUCUUUGUUCUUAGCUAAAAUCCUUGUUAUAGUCCUGUUUAGUAGAGCUUUUACUAAUGUGGAAUGCUUGGAUUUUGACUAUCCAACUUUUCAUGACGAGGAUGAAGAUUUUCUGAUUCGUAAUAAUUCUAGGAUAACAUUCAAUGCUAUCCAAGUUACACCAGAUCUUAGUGACCCCAAAAGAUUGAUAAACCAGUCUGGAAGAUCUUUGUUUAUAAAGCCAGUUAGAGUAUGGAGAAAAAGCAAAGGAAAGAAGAUCAUAAAUACUUCUUUCAACACCACUUUUAUACUUAACAUCUCACCCAAUCCCACAAGCUAUUAUCCACUUGGUGAAGGAUUGUCGUUUAUCUUAGCUGCUGAUCCUUCCCUUCCAAACGACAGUCAAGGAAAAUGGCUUGGGAUUGUAAACGACAACACAAAUGGAUCAUCAAUGUCUAAAACAGGUGUUGUAGCGGUGGAAUUUGACACGAGGAAGAGUUUUCCUGAAGAUAUUGAUGAUAACCAUGUGGGGUUGAAUUUGAACAGUGUCUACUCAAUCAAACAAGUUUCUCUUACUGAUUAUGGAGUCAACAUUUCGAGUGGCAGUAAUAUAACGGUUCAAAUCCGUUAUGAUGGGAACAACAUCAGUGUGUUUGUUUCUUUGACUAAUGAAGUGAUGAGCCAGAAUAACAUGAAGAGUCCAGUCCUGACAUGGCCUAUCAAUCUCUCAGACCAUCUUCCUGAGAAGGUUUAUGUUGGAUUUUCUGGCUCCACUGGCGAAAACAACACCGAGAGGAACUGCAUACUUUCAUGGGAGUUUCAUAGUUUGAACAUUGAUGAGGAUCAUAGUAUCAUCAAGUGGGUUUGGAUUGGUGUGACAACAACAGUUGUUCUGGUAAUUGGUAUUGUCUGUUGUUUGUACUGGAAAAGACCUUGUUGCAAGAACGAUCUUGAAAGGACAUAUCCGAGGAUCGAGGAUCAGAUUCAAGGCUCAUCCAUGACUCCAAAGAAGUUUCAUCUGAAGGAACUUAGAAGAGCAACAAACAACUUUGACCCCAAGAACCAGCUUGGAAAAGGUGGUUUCGGAACUGUCUUUAAGGGAGUUGUGGGAGACAAAGUGGUAGCUGUUAAGAGAGUCUCCAAGGAUUCAAGACAAGGACAACAAGAGUUCAUAUCAGAAGUGACAACAAUUGGCAGCCUCAGCCAUAGAAAUCUGGUGAAAUUGAUUGGAUGGUGUUAUGAGAGCCAUGAGCUUCUCAUUGUGUAUGAAUUCAUGCCUAAUGGAAGCUUAGACAAGUUCAUAUUCAGAGAUGACAAGCUUGGAAUGGAAAUACCUGAGUUGAGCUGGAAAAGAAGACUCAGCAUAAUAUGUGGUGUGGCUCAGGCACUAGAUUAUCUUCACAAUGAUUGUACAAACCGAGUUCUUCACAGGGACAUAAAGUCAAGCAACAUAAUGUUGGACUCAGAGUUCAAUGCCAAGCUGGGAGAUUUCGGUUUGGCUCGCAUCAUACAACAAAGCCAGAAAACUCACCACACAACCAAGGAGAUAGCAGGAACACCAGGCUACAUGGCACCAGAAUCAUUUCUCACAGGGCGAGCCACGAUGGAGACAGAUGUGUAUGCAUUUGGGGUUCUUGUGUUGGAAGUCAUCAGUGGAAGGAAACCAGGGAGCCAGAAUGAGGAGAACAGCUUCACCAAUGGCAUGGUACUUUGGAUAUGGGGACUUUACAGCAAAGGAAUGAUUCUGAGUGCUAUUGAUCCAAGAUUGAAUGAGGUUUUCGAAGAAGAUGAAGUGGGGUGUACUUUGUUAUUGGGCUUGGCUUGUUGUCAUCCAAAUCCUAAUGAAAGACCCUCCAUGACAACCAUCUUGAAGGUUCUGAAAGGGGAAGAACACCCUCCAAUGGUGCCUGCUGAAGCCCCUGCAUUUGUUUGGCCAUCUAUGCCGGCAUCUUUCAAAGAUGAUGGUGAAACCACUAGAAAAACCCAAUAUACUCUCUUCACUGAAAUUACUGGAAGAUGAAUCAGAAAAUUAUACAUGAAACAAAUAAAGCUACAGACAGAGCCUUGUUCUUUAAUCUGUACAAAAACUGCUUUUGUUCAGUGAAAACAACCUGGCAAAUACACCAAGUUUGCUUAGCAUAUAGAUAUAUAGGUCUUGUGAACAUCAAUAAUUGUAUGUUUGAUUCCUUUAAUUUGUAGAGAAGUGAGAGUUGAGGGACAAAAGCACUGAUGUCCCAAACAAAAUUGUUUCACUCCAAUUGGAGAGACUGAAUGGUAUAUCAACUGAGUGUUAGUUAUUAAUGUAACUUAAAAUUUUAAAAGUUUUUAUUCCUCUUAUCUUUUACC